UAAAGAAAAACUGAAAAAGAAAAAAAAAGAAAAAAAAAACACAACUAUGGAUAUGUCGGAAAACACAAGUACGAAUACAAAGAGAGACAAAUGUCUAUAGAGAAUCUACGUUAGAAACUUAGAAGAUGACUUAACUACGUCACCUUUACUCUCAUCUUUGUCUCUCUGUUCCCGCCGACGGAGAGAUAGUGAGAAUUCAAGUUUUUUCUUCUUCUUCUUCAAGAUGAGAUCUUAUGGCAAAGAGAAGAAGCAGCUACGGUUUCCGUACGUUUUCAUGGCGUUUUGCUUCUUCUUCACCAUCAUUUGUUUCUCCUUCUUCAAUCUCCUCUCUCAGGAACGUGUCAGUGAGAUUCCAACAAGAAGAUCUGUAAACGAGGAAACUGAAUCUUUGGAUCAUGGUUCUGUUUCUAACAUUCCCUUUCAGGUUUUAAGCUGGAGUCCUCGAGUUUCUUACUUGCCGAAUUUCGCGACUAAACAACAAUGUGAAGCUGUAAUCAGUAUGGCAAAGCAUAUGCUUAAGCCUUCUCUGGUUGCUUUAAGGAAAGGCGAAACCGCAGAGACCAGUCAAAACGUUAGAACAAGCACUGGAGUGUUCAUCGGAGCUGAUGAAGAUGAAUCCGGGCUUUUAGCUGCCAUCGAAGAGAAAAUAGCUUUAGCCACGAGAAUCCCCAGUGAUUAUUAUGAAUCAUUUAACAUCUUGAGGUAUCAGCUUGGCCAGAAGUAUGACUCACAUUAUGAUGCCUUUCAUCCAGCAGAGUAUGGUCCCCAAAAAAGCCAAAGGCUCAUGACUUUCAUAUUGUUCUUAUCGACUGUUGAAGAUGGUGGAGAAACGAUGUUCCCAUUCGAGAAUGGGAGAAACAUGAAUGGAAGCUACGAUUAUGAAAAGUGUAUUGGUUUGAAAGUAAAGCCGCAACGAGGAGAUGCCAUUUUCUUCUACAAUUUGUUCCCAAACGGAACAAUUGAUAAGACAUCUCUCCAUGGAAGCUGUCCUGUUAUUAAGGGUGAGAAAUGGGUUGCCACCAAAUGGAUAAGAGAUCAAACAUAUGAUUGACUUGUAAAAUGUGAAAAUUUUCAUUUCAUUCAUAUUUACUUGUAAAACAAUAAUGCCUAAAAGGUGCAUAGAAGAUGUUCAUAAUAAGACAUGAAGUAAACAAAAAACAAUCAUUCAAAAUAA